ACAAGGUACUAGUGCAUGUGUUUGUUAUGUAUGUGCACUUGAACAGUAUAUUUUGACAGAUAUUUGUCGUUUAACUGUAAGUUAUGAGCCGCUUUACCUCUAUCUUGCGAAGAACAUUUGGAGUGGUCAAAGAGCACGUCGGUACGGAUAAUUUUGGAAAUAAAUACUACAACGUACCCGAGCAGAAGACAUGGACAGGAAGGGUUACUCGGCAUAGACGCCUGGUGGAAGCUGCCAAUCCAGCAGAGAUGGAGUACUCAUGCAGCAUUCCCUCUGAAUGGGAUGCUUGGAUCAGAGGCAGACGGAAGCACCCGCCUACUAUAGAGGAGUUGCUGAGGAAUGAACUCUAUAGGGAGAACAUAAAAAUUAAAGCUGAAGAAGUAGAGGAGAGGGACAAGGCCCUGCAGUCCAAAGAGUACAAGGAAGGUUUGGUGGCUAGUCCUGUUCAGGCUCAGGUCAAAGGCCAUGCUUCUGCCACACUGUUUGGACAGUCUGAAGUCAGCGAGGAGCCUGUAAGCACUGCCAACACAUUCCAGCCAGGGUCCUGGGCAUCUCCAGGAACCAAAAAAUAGGACUAUUAGAAGCCUUCUUAUGAGCCUUAUCAUGUUUCAUUCAGAGCAGAAAUACUAAGAACUUUGUGAGAACGACUGUGUAUGUUGAUUAAAUAGUUGUGUAACGUUAUAUUAUAUAUUGAAAUGACUAUAAAGAUGACUUAUAGUCUGGAUAAAUCAAACUGUUGACUUUCAGAGAACAUUGUUAUUCUUGCUGUGGAAUAUUUAUGCCAUAGGGUUAAAAGUAUUUGAGUGGAUCAAUAUAUGCUUUUGUUGGUCUGCUUCAACAUUCUGCAUCAAGUUUUGUAUAGUUGAGACUAGUUUGAAAAAGGUG